AUGAUCGUUGUCGACAGCUCGAAACACCGCAUGAGGCACAGCGUUCUGUACCGUGCGAAGUGGCUCGUUUCAGCAGCGAAUAUGGACGGCAGUCAGCAGAUCAGUAUCAUGCUGCCAUUUGGAAUAUGCUUCGGCCUUCUCGCCGGCACGAUCGCCUCAUUGGUCUUCGUGAUCGGAUUGGUAGUCGGUGGUCUUUCAACGGCAAUGUAUCUCGUUCGCUUCAAAAACUGGAUGGGGACGAAGCCUGGUCCUAAAGACGAAAGAAACAAGAAAUCCAAGAAAGGAAGCAACGAUGCGAUCGAUUCUCCUCCCAUACCAUUACCGCCAGCAACAACAAAUGGUCAUGAGCCGAAUCCUCCUUCCAGCCCUUUUCGUCCAUGGGCGAGACCUGUUCUGCGAGAGACCGACGAUGGCAGCGGAUUGAAACCAUACCCAAACAUGUGCGGUACUACUCUUAGGCCUCCUUCUCCCAGAUUAUACGGAGACCCAUUUGCGGGCAUGGGCUUGCCAAGACCACGACCAAAGAAGAAGAAGAAGCAGGAAGGCUGCACGUGGUUUCCAGACGAUCCUGAACCCGCAACAGGGGAUGCAGGAAUUCCGAAGACACCUGAUGAGAAUGAGAUGUUCGAUCCUUUUUACAACCUUGGUAGAGGGCCCACUUUCAAACCUCGUGGACCUCUCGGCGCGACUAAGUUCGCUGACGUGGAAACUUAUCCUCCUCCGUCUGAUGGUAUCAAGCACUUUACCGAGCGUCCUCCUCUUUCUGCUCCACCACCACCACAGCCUAAGGACAGCUUCAUGCACAACCCCUUCGCAGACAUGAAGCCCCCACCGGCUGCAUCUCCGAUAUCAGAUAUCCUCGAUACCUUCGACUUCGACGCUUUGGAUAAAAUGGAUCGGAAGAAGUCAAUCCAAGUUUUGAAAGCCGUCUACAUGAAUUGCAUCCCGACUAUGACGGGAGGAAUUGGUCGUGAGGAUAAGCACACUCGAGUCGUCGACUGGAUUCUGCCUGGCGUGCAGCCGACAAAUAAGGUGGUACAUGUGGCGAUGGUCAGCAUUGUCACU